AGAUCGUCACCUCCGGCAUCGUCACCGUGACGUUACAGUCAAAACAACCGAAACAUGAUGCUAGCGUCUCAAACCCGCGAGUAAAAUGUCGUGUUUUUAACAAAUGCCGAUGAAAACGUCAGAGAUUUGUCAUCUUAAUGUCAUGUUCGUGGCGGACUAUGAGUUUGGCAGCGUUUUAUUUGGAGUAAGGGAUCAAAAAGUGAUCAUAAGAGCACGAGUGUCGCGACCGGUUUGCUAACAACAGGCGUCAGUCCAGUAUUUAAACCCGGUAGGCGUUUGCUCCAAGCAGGUAUCUGGGUCCCCGGGACGGGCCGGUGCUCACCGAAGAGACGGGGAACAGGAUCGGGAAGCAGGGGGGAGCGGCCACCGCAGAACCUGUGGAGAAGAUGGCAAGCAGCCCUGAGAAAAGCUUCUCGGCACAGGAGCUGAAGGAGCAGGGCAACCGCAUGUUCCUCAGCCGAAAGUACCAGGAGGCUGCCACCUGCUACAGCAAAGCAAUUAAUCGUAACCCGUCGGUGGCCGUGUACUACACUAACAGAGCGCUGUGCUACGUGAAGCUGCAGCAGUACGACAAGGCCCUGGCCGACUGUAAACACGCCCUCGAGCUCGACAGCCAAUCAGUGAAGGCACACUUUUUCCUUGGCCAGAGUCAGCUGGAGCUGGAGAAUUAUGAAGAGGCCAUCGGCAAUCUACAGAGAGCUUAUAACCUGGCGAAGGAACAGCGGUUGAAUUUUGGAGACGAUAUCCCAAGUGCCCUUCGCAUUGCCAAGAAGAAACGCUGGAACAGCAUUGAAGAGAAGCGAAUCAGCCAAGAAAACGAGCUGCACGAUUAUCUCAGCAAACUCAUCCUGGCCGAGAAAGAGAGAGAGUUAGAUGACAGCGUGAAGCAGUCCGAGGACAGUCAGAACGGAGGCGAGAUCAACAAGAUCAAAUCCAAACACGAUAAAUAUUUGAUGGAGAUGGACGAGCUUUUCUCUCAAGUAGAUGAAAAGAGGAAGAAGCGAGAGAUCCCUGAUUAUCUGUGUGGGAAGAUCAGUUUUGAGCUGAUGAGAGAGCCCUGCAUUACUCCUAGCGGCAUCACCUACGAUCGCAAGGACAUCGAGGAACAUCUACAGCGUGUUGGCCAUUUUGAUCCAGUGACCCGCAGCCCGCUGACCCAGGAUCAGCUGAUCCCCAAUCUUGCCAUGAAGGAGGUGAUCGAUGCUUUCAUCCUGGAGAACGGCUGGGUGGAGGACUACUGAACACACACACACACACACACACACGCUCGAGCAGACCCCAGCGGUCUCCUCACGCCCAAUCGAAUCCUCUCCUGUAUGUUCAUGCACUUUAAUCAGUGGAGCUUUGCUGUGGAGUAUCUCACCUGCAGGAGUCACCUGACCCUCUUUCUCGCCAUCUUUCGACUGUCCUUUUUUACCAGACAGAAUAAUCGCCCCGUCCAGCAGGUUUAGUUCGGACACUUGCUUUCAAUCGGAAACAUUGGCUAAUGUGAGCUGCACAUUAUGAUGCUGUAAUUUCUCAUUGAAUGUUAAAAUGGCAACAUUAUUGAUGACGUUUCACUAAUCAUUCACUAGUCAUUCAGAGGAAACUUGCGCAGGCUGGUGUGUGUGUGUGUG